AUGUCGGGAUUUCCCCAUGCCGGUGUGUCCAAGAUCGGCGUUGGAUCCAUCACCUGUUACCGCCAGAUCCGCCGCCUGCGGAGUUGUCCUGCGGCCUUAAACGGUGGCUCCGAAACAGAGACCAACUCCGAAACCCUAGCUUCCCGGAUGUGCUCAAGCCUCCAAUCGUCGUUUAGGUCCGAGAAUCACAAGCUGUCGCACUCCCAAGACGGCGGGGAAGAAGCUGGACCGACGAGAAACAAACGAGAGAGAACCACCAUCCCUCACCGUAGAUCCGUCGACACCAUCUCACUCCCUGACAAUCAGACGAGCCCAACAAAUCCCGCGUUGCAGAAACGUCAGCACCAGAACCUGAAGUGCACAGAUGAAAGUAGUUCGGAGAAGAAAGCUAUAAGUUCACUAGCUGGGACACCUGUGCACUGGCACGCUACUCUUGAAGAGGUACCAUCAGGAGUAACAACAAUAAUCAUAGCUCAUGAGUUCUAUGAUGCUUUUCCAAUUCAUCAGUUUCAGCCUACACCUGCAGCCUUAUAUCUGGUGAAACGUUGCACAUGGGCUACACCUGAGGAAAAGGAGAAGCUGGAUCAUGUCGAGAUCAGCCCGAAGUUAAUGGAUUUGACUCAAGAAAUAACCAAGAUAAUAGGCUCUGAUGGAGGUGGAGCACUUAUAAUCGAUUAUGGGAAUGAUGGAAUCAUUUCAGACAGUCUACAGGCUAUUAGAGAACACAAGUUUGUCAACAUACUGAAUAAUCCAGGCUCUGCGGAUCUAAGUGCUUAUGUUGAUUUUCCUUCGAUAAAACACUCCGCUGAGGAAGCUUCAGAAAAUGUGACAGUCCAUGGACCUAUGACUCAGUCUCAGUUCUUGGGUUCGCUUGGAAUAAACUUCAGAGUUGAUGCGUUGCUGCAGAACUGCGACGAUGAGCAAGCAGAGUCAUUGAGGUCUGGAUACUGGAGGCUUGUUGGAGAUGGUGAAGCACCUUUCUGGGAAGGACCUGAUGAACAGACACCAAUUGGAAUGGGGGAGAGGUAUCUUACAAUGGCUAUUAUCAAUAGAAACCAAGGCACUCCGGCUCCGUUCCAGUAACAGGACACUACACUCCUUUGUUUUUUUUCUUUGAACUUGGCUUAUCUUAUGAAUUUGAUUGGUUGACUUUGGGUUUAAAGCUUACGAAAUGAUUUCAAUCCCCAUUUUAUUUUCAGUGUCAUUCAUCUUCAUGUAUGGAUCUCAGUAGCUUGAUUUCUUCUGCUAUUUUGUUUGAAAUCUGCACGAUUGUUGAUUCUAAUAGCAUCUGAAUCUCUGUGAUCAAUACCUUUGGCUGCAGAACCGUCACCUCUGCAUACCACCACAAUCGUGGAGAAGUGUACGCUCAAGCUUGUGGAUGAUUACAAGCAUAUGCUUUGCCAAGCUACUGAGCCUAUGUCCACCUUCUUAGAGUACAUCAGGUGAGAGUCCUUCUUGAUCAACAGAUUAUGGUGCUUCAGUGUUGUUAUUGCCCUUUUCAGUUUCCAGUAGUAAGCGUAGUAGUUUCGUUCAUAUUUAGCUUUGCUUAAAAUCCUCUCGAUGUGCAUCAUAGUGUGUAAUGUUUGGUACUUUCGUGAAGCUCCUUUUUUUAUAGAGAUUGCAGUAAAAUGGUUUUGUUA